AACGUUAGAUAUGAUAACUUUAAGGAGCAGCGAAUAAUUGUUUAUUAUAAUAUGAUUGAUAAGAGAACAUAAAUAUAUGAACCUAUUCUGCUGAAUAAUGCAAGCUCCCAUAUUUGACCCAUUUUGGGCGAACUUAUCCCACAGUGCAGAACUUUGGUUGCAGUUGUUGCGCUGGAAGGCGUCGCACUUCCGCUCUUACGGCGAUUCCUGCGCGCCUGUGCCGCAUUUUCCAAAGCGCCCACACAAAUGACGCCGCACGGCUUGCAGCGCAGCUGCAUCCGCUUCCGGGGGCGGUGGUGGGAAGCUGUCGUUGGCGGGGGCGUGGCCACGGCACAGACUGCUGCCAACAAAAGCAGGCGACCAGGAGCGUCCAGAAGGGUCAAAGGGUCUGUGCUCCAUGUUCGGCGUAUGCCAUAGGGUGGCUUCACUGUUCCUGGAACUGGUUGCAACCCCCAAAACGAGUGCAAUCUCCGCACUGGAAGCGAGCUGCAGACUGGAAGGCGCCAAGCGGGAUACACAUUAAUGCGGAGGAGUAGCUGCCAUCCAGGUCCCUGCAGCUCCUGGGACCAGAGUAGUGUUCCAGCAGGCGCCAAAGGCAGCGCUCGCUACGCGGCCGUUUUUGGUCCAAUUGGUUUGGCUUAAGCCGAUUGUUGCCAAAAAAAAAAAAGAAAGAAACUGCACAGAUAUCAGCUAGCCAUUGCUAGCCAACCGAACAAUACAAAAGUACAUUUUUCCAUAUUCCAUUGUAUUGCAAAAGCAUUUCACCCUUCUUCGUUUUCAGCAGGUGAAAUUUUUGCACAACAUUUUUGAUUGACAACGAAAGCAGCAACAAAAACAACAACAGGUGGGUUCUAACACUGUGCGAAUAAAUAAAUAACAAAUAUGUACAAUGAAAAACAGCCAAGACGGCCCAAACACACACGGCGCUCGGCAAAAAUAUUUACGAAAGUGAUAUAUUUGUGAAGAGAAAGCCUUCCUGCUAUUUUUGGCAAUUUUUGCUUGGCCGGGAUUGACUGUUUGGCGCCCACACGAGCAGACAAAUGAAAAUGGUACACCCCAGCCACCCACGCAGAUACUAAAUACAAAUGCAAAACCCAAUACACACUCGCAUUUGCAUCUGCAACAGUUUUCAAUGCCAGGUCAUAAAAAUAAAUCAGUUUGCGUUAGCACAAGCAAUGCGCAAAAAUGAUAUGUAACUCGCUGAAAACAAAAGUGAUAUAAUGAUCAGCACAUUGCUAAUAGAUGAUCAUCAACGGAGCGCCUUCGUUAUGGCACAAAAAACGUGUAGAAUUAAACAAUAAAGUAGACAAAACUCGACAGUUUUCUACUAUCUUCAUAAAUGUCUUUAUAUAGUGGAAAUCAUAAUACCUAAGUCAGACUAGAACAAUUGAGAAUGGCCGAGUAUAGGCCAUCAACUUCGUGGCCCCACCGGAUGAUGAGCUUCCAGUGCCGGCAGGCGGAUCUCAACCGCCUGGUGAUGAACUAUCUGGUUACAGAGGGCUAUCAAGAGGCCGCCAAACGUUUCAUGACCGAGGCGGCGGUGAAGCCGGGUCCUCACAUGGACACCAUCGGCGAUCGCAUGAGGAUUCAGGAUGCCGUCCGGGUGGGCCAGGUGAAGUACGCUAUGGAUCUGGCCACACGGAUCUAUCCACGCCUCUUCGAGACCGACAACUAUGUGUUCUUCCACAUGCAACAGUUGCGUCUGAUCGAGAUGAUCAGGGAUCAGAAGAUGGAAAAGGCCUUGAAGUUCGCCCAGAGCAAGGCAGCGGGAUUUUCCAAGGUCGAUCCAAGGCACUACCACGAAGUGGAGCGGACCAUGGGUCUGCUGGCCUUCGAUCGGCCGGAAUACAGUCCCUACGGGGAGCUGAUGUAUUACUCCUAUCGCCAAAAGGUGGCCGGUGAAAUAAAUGCAGCCAUGUUGCGCUGCCACGAGGGUGAGAGUAAGAGCAAAGAGGAGCAGCCAAUGGAGCCAAGAAUGAUGUUCCUCAUCAAGCUGAUCCUUUGGGCCCAGGCCAAGCUGGAUCGCGAGGGAUUCACCGACUUUCACAAACUUGAUCUUGCCCACGCGGACUUCGAGGAGGAGUUCCGCCGCAGUUUCCAGGGUUUCUAAGUCCAUAGGCAUGCAAUAAUUGUCCAACGAUCGGUCGGCGUCUACUGCGAAACUUUUUAAAUGUACGUUGUUUUUUUUUUUUUUUUUUUUAAACAAAUCUACAUAUAUAAAUGUAAUUUUUAUGGUGGUGUACCAGC